AUGCAGCCCUUCGGAACUCGCUGCAAGGAGGCCUCAACUUUGGGUAUGACAACGAACAUAAACAUCUCUCCGGCCCAGGAUGCCGCGUUUCACGGUGGUGGCCGGCACGGAGCCCAAGUACCCUACAAGUACCGCCAGCCUCUGGACGCCAGACACUCUUGCGCUAAGGCCAACUUGCGUGGCACCGGCGGUCAUCCGGCUUUGACAGCCUCGGGGCAUUGCUCGCUGCACUCUAAACUCUCGCUCGCUUUGCCUUUUUUGACUCGACCGAUGGAGAAGAAGCCGACUGCGGCUCCCGAUGGGGAUGUUGCCAGCCAGAUUGCCGCCGAGGAAAAGGCCAUCAAGCUGGCAAUGAAGCGGCUCAAGCUCUUACACAUCAAGGCAACAGACAUCAUGUACGCAGCCUUUAUGAAGUCUGUCAACGAUGCGCAGGCGUCCGUCAAGGAGUUUGCCGAGUUGAUGAAGGAUGACACGAGCAAAGCUGUGUUUGACCGUGCUGAUAAAAGCAAGGAGGCCAACCCUUUUGGCAUAGUGCCUUGGAAGCAUAAGGAUUAUCCGGACUGGUUUGUCAUGGAUAAGAAUUGA